UACAGUGCCAUCAUUGGCUAGACUAUUUUCCUUAGUUUUUCCGCUUUUUUCUGUGUUUUGUCUUUUAUUUAAACCAAAACAAAACAAAGCCGCGAUGCCGUACGCAAACCAACCGUCCGUGCAAAUAACAGAGCUUACCGACGACAACGUAAAGUUUGUCCUGGAGGAUACGGAACUUAGCGUGGCCAACAGCCUGCGCCGUGUGUUCAUCGCAGAGACGCCGACUUUGGCCAUUGACUGGGUACAAUUGGAGGCAAACUCGACAGUGCUUUCAGAUGAGUUCCUUGCCCACCGCAUCGGCCUCAUCCCACUUAUCUCCGACGACGUGGUCGAGCGGUUGCAGUACACCCGUGACUGCAUCUGCCUUGACUUUUGUCCCGAGUGCAGCGUAGAGUUCACCCUGGAUGUGAAGUGCAGCGAGGAGCAGACGCGGCACGUAACCACCGCCGAUCUGAAAUCAAGUAACGCCAAGGUCCUUCCCGUGACCUCACGCAACCAGGGCGAGGAGGACAACGAGUACGGCGAAAGCAAUGAUGAGAUCCUGAUUAUCAAGCUGCGCAAGGGCCAGGAACUAAAGUUGCGCGCCUACGCCAAAAAGGGGUUCGGUAAGGAGCACGCCAAGUGGAAUCCUACGGCGGGUGUGUGCUUCGAAUACGAUCCGGACAACUCUAUGCGGCAUACACUUUACCCAAAACCCGAUGAAUGGCCCAAAAGCGAGCACACCGAGCUGGAGGACGAUCAGUACGAGGCGCCGUAUAACUGGGAGGCCAAACCAAACAAGUUCUUCUUCAACGUUGAAUCCUCCGGAGCCCUAAAGCCGGAGAACAUCGUGGUCAUGGGAGUCCAAGUGCUGAAAAACAAGUUGUCCAACCUGCAAACGCAGCUCAGCCACGAAUCCCAGAACGAUGCUCUGGCCGUUUGAUUUAUAACAAUUUAUUUUUAGUUUAUAAAAGAUCCUCCGUCUAAUCCUUGAA